AGACUGGCCCAUAUGACCCGAGUGGGGGGGGACUGGGUGUGACAGCUGAACAUUCAGGGCUCGGACAGAAGAGCCAGCAGGGAUGAGCAGCUUCUCCUCCACAGAGUUAUGAAUGAUCCAGGAUUUCAGACACUUUAAAAACCCCGUCGUCAUGCGGGACUACGCGAGAGGAUGAGCCGACACCUUCUCAUCUUCACAGGAGCUGCAGGAGCGACUCCCUUCAUAAUGAACUGUGCUGUGAUUCUGCUGUUAACAUCAAGCUGCUUCACCUGGUCUUCAGCUUUAUACAUCCCGAACAGAGCAGCACCCAUGAAUCUGAAGUAUCUCCUCGAGCCGCCCGUGUACGCUGAGGUCGUCGCCCGAAGGGGAGAAAACGCCACGUUUCCGUGUAUCCUGAGAACCAAACCCAGCCGGUACAAAGUGAAAUGGACAAAGCUGGAGCCGGAACACGCAGAGCGGGAGAACAUCAUCAUGAUAUCCAAUGCACACGCCUUCAAGCCGUACGGCCAUCUUGGAGCGCGGGCUUCCCUCCGGAAGGCUCACACCAUGGACGCCUCCCUGCAGCUCAGCCGUCUGCAGCUGGAAGAUGGCGGCAAAUAUCGCUGCGAGCUUGUCAACGGCAUCGAGGAUGAGAGUGUUUUCAUUAUGUUGAGGAUUGAAGGUGUGGUGUUCCCAUAUCAGAGUAAAAAUGGCCGCUACAGCUUCACUUUCCACGAGGCGAAGGAGGUUUGUGCCGAGCAGGAUGGAACGUUAGCGUCAUACAGCCAGCUGUACAGAGCGUGGACGGAGGGUCUGGACUGGUGCAAUGCCGGCUGGCUCCACGAUGGGACCGUUCACUAUCCCGUCAUCCAUCCUCGGCCCGCCUGCGGAGGAGAGCUGCUCCCCGGCAUUCGCAGUUAUGGAACAAAAGAUAAGAAUCUCGAUCGGUUCGAUGCUUUCUGCUUCACCUCGCUGACGUCUGGCUCUGUCUCCUACAUAUCGGGGUCUUUCUCCUUCGAGCAGGCAGGACUCGCGUGUCAACGUCAGGGAGCUGACUUGGCGUUGGUCGGACAUCUUUACUCCGCCUGGCGUUUCCAAAACUACGACCAGUGUGACGGUGGUUGGCUGAGAGACGGCAGCGUACGGUUUCCCAUCAGCAACCCCAGGGAGCACUGUGGAGGCAUUCCUGAAGCCGGGGUGCGCUCAUUUGGAUUCCCCAACAAGAUGAUGCAUGUGUACGGCGCCUAUUGCUACAGGUAGCCCAGAAUAAAGAACCCCCCGAUUACAUCUAACUUGGUGGAUUAAUUAAGACGGCCGAUAAAACGUCUGUUUGGAUUUUACUUUCUCAUCAUGAGACACCAGACGAUCGGCUGGACGGCCAUGAAUGGAGCUUUAGUCUUUAAUGUGAGAUAAAUACAAAUAUAAGUCAAACUGAGACAUAAAGAGAAUUCUUUUUAUUAGAAAUAUUCCUUUCUUUUGGAGCCACAAACCACUUUGACGAAUGGAAGAAUUGUCAGAAUGUAAUAAAUGUAAAAUAUAAGACAUGUUAAACAUACACAAUCAUCAAUCUUGCACUAAACCUGUAAUAAUAAAAUGUGAGAAAGUUAAACAUGUUUAAUUCUGAGUCGAUCACCUGCCGGCGACGCUGAGCUCCGAACUGGUUUAUCUGUAAACUAAUUACAUGUCAUUUAAUUUAUUCAAUAAAUAAAUGUAUAUCCACUGUAUGCACGUUUGUGUGAUUUCACAGAAAGAACAAAGCCGUAGAUGUUCUGACGUCAUAAACCACGAUGUCUUGAGAAGCGUUGAGUUGAGUCUCACUCGAUUGUCCCUCCGGGCUUCCUUACAG